ACCUAAGUCCGCCCCCCCUUUAAAAAAUUGCCAUCGGCUAUUGACACAGCAAAAGAGCCGGCGAUCGGAGAUGGAGUCGGUCAUCAGGGAACUGCACGAGAUCGAGGCUGUCAAGUUUGGCAGCUUCAAGCUCAAAUCCGGCAUCACCUCCCCCAUCUACAUCGACCUCCGCCUUGUUGUUUCAUACCCUUCACUCCUCGUUCGCCUUGCCGACCUCCUCCACUCCGCCGCCGCCGCCGCCGCCGCAUCCUCAUCCACCCCAUUUGAUCUCGUGUGCGGCGUCCCCUACACAGCCCUCCCCAUCGCCACCGCCAUAUCCCUAGCCCAUUCCCUCCCCAUGCUCAUGCGCCGCAAGGAGGCCAAGGACUACGGAACUGCCCGCUCCAUCGAGGGAGUUUUUCGCCCCGGACAGUCCUGCCUCAUCGUUGAGGAUCUCGUCACCAGUGGCACCUCCGUCCUAGAGACUGCUUCCCCCCUCCGCGCUGCAGGCCUCCGCGUAACGGACGCGGUUGUCGUUAUCGACCGCCAGCAGGGCGGCCGCGAGAAUCUCGCGGACAACGGCAUACGCCUCCAUGCUCUUUUCACCCUCUCAGACCUCCUCACCGUGCUCGUCUCCCAAGGGAUGGUGUCGGAGGAGAAGGCUGCUGAGGUGAGGGCCUUCCUGGAUUCCAACCGCAGGGUGGCAGUGCCCACUACUCCUGCACCAGUAGUGAAUCCAGUCUCCAGGCUUUCUUACGGUGAGAGGGCGACGAUGACCAGUAAUCCCACGGGCAAGAGGCUGUUCCAGGUGAUGGAGGUGAAGCAGACCAAUCUGUGCCUUGCAGCUGAUGUUUCCACAGCAAAAGAACUACUUGAUUUGGCCGAUAAGGUUGGCCCUGAGAUUUGCAUCUUGAAAACUCAUGUGGAUAUUCUGCCAGAUUUCACAUCAGAGUUUGGGGUUCAGCUUCGUGCGAUUGCUGAAAGGCACAACUUCUUGAUAUUCGAAGAUCGCAAAUUUGCUGACAUUGGGAACACAGUUACAAUGCAAUAUGAGGGAGGGAUAUUUCAAAUAUUGGAGUGGGCUGACAUUGUUAAUGCACACAUAAUUUCUGGCCCUGGAAUUGUUGAUGGUCUAAAGCUGAAGGGUUUGCCCCGAGGGAGAGGACUUCUUUUGCUUGCUGAAAUGAGCUCUGCUGGAAAUCUUGCGACAGGAGAAUACACAUCUGCUGCUGUGAAAAUAGCAGAGACACACACUGAUUUUGUGAUUGGAUUCAUAUCUGUUAAUCCAGCAUCAUGGCAAGGAGAACCAACUAGUCCAGCAUUUAUUCAUGCAACUCCUGGAGUUCAGUUGAGUUCUGGGCGAGAUUCAUUAGGCCAACGAUACAACACGCCUUAUUCUGUAAUCUUUGAGAGAGGCAGUGAUGUUAUCAUUGUUGGGCGUGGAAUUAUAAAGGCUACAAAUCCUAGUGAAAUCGCCAGAGAAUACCGAAUGCAGGGAUGGGAUGCCUACAAAGCAAGACUUAACUCUUUUGGUUAACCUUCCGUAUCACAAUUAUGUGUUGCUUAACCUUCCGUCAUCGAAUUUUAUUUACCCAAUUUGGUAGUCCGCGCUUGGUGUGUUAACAUGUCGUGUGCGCGAUGUUAUCAUUUUUCGACAAUAAAAACAGAUAAAGCAACUUGAAGUGAUUUCUUUAAUUAUAUAUAUUUUUUAAUUUUGUGUUACCA